CACAGUAGGUGGCAGUACACUGGGAAUAGUUAUCCAGGGAGAUCUACAUUACUCUUAAGAGGAUGCAUGGCUAGCAUUCUUCUCUCGUGUAACUAAUAGACAUCGUAUGAAUCAAAAUACUAGGUCAUUGUUUCACUUUCUUACACGGGGAUAUUGACACCAGUCUGCUACAAUGGAAGUGUUGAUGCAUCACCUUUGGCAGAGAGUCUUGCCCUGCCUACCCAGAGCCAUGAGCACUCCCUGUAAAAUCUAUUUGAGCUGUGCUGCUGGACAUGCCCCCACUGACUCCAUCUCCCGACCUAGCACACACCUUCCCCUAGUCUCCCAUCUCUUCCAGCCCUCCAACCUGCGUGAUGUGGGCCAGGAGAAGCGUGCUCAGGUGGAUAUGACCUGCAAGAGCCAGAGACUGAUGCAGCAGGCAGGUCUCAUUCAUCCCUCCAACCCUGGCUGCUACUACUACCUCCCGGCCACCGUGCGCUCCAUGGAGAAGCUGGUGAGGCUGAUCGACCAGGAGAUGCAGGGGAUCGGUGGGCAGAAGCUGGACAUGCCCAGCUUGUGUUCGGCAGAGCUGUGGAGACGCAGUGAGCGCUGGGACCUGAUGGGGAAAGAGCUGUUCCGCCUGAGGGACCGCCACGGGGCGGAAUACUGCCUGGGCCCCACCCAUGAGGAGGCUGUGACAGAGCUACUGGCCUCUCAGGGAACCCUGUCCUACAGGCAGCUGCCUCUGCUACUCUACCAGAUCACCCGCAAGUUCCGUGAUGAGCCGAAGCCUCGGUUUGGGCUUCUACGCGGGCGGGAGUUCUACAUGAAGGACAUGUACACAUUUGACAUGAGCGAAGAAGCUGCAUACCGCACAUAUGAAUCUGUGUGUCAGGCUUACACCCGCCUUUUCUCUCGGUUAGGCCUGUGCAUUGUCCAGGUCCACGCUGAUACAGGAAACAUUGGAGGUAAACUCUCCCAUGAGUUCCAGCUUCUCGCAGACAUCGGAGAGGACAGGCUACUGGUCUGUGGUAGCUGCUCCUUCUCUGCCAAUGUGGAGACCAUGGAACCAGGCCAGACAGACUGCCCACAGUGCCAGGAGGGAACGCUGGUGGAGUCUAAGGGCAUAGAGGUAGGCCAUACAUUCUACCUAGGCACCAAGUACUCCUGCAUAUUCAACGCCACCUUCAACAACACCCAGAACAAGCCUGCUGUCACUGAGAUGGGCUGCUUCGGGCUGGGUGUGACCCGGAUCCUCGCUGCUGCCAUCGAGGUGAUGUCCACGGAGGAGGCAAUCCGCUGGCCUGCGCUGCUUGCCCCCUAUCAGGUCUGUGUUCUGCCCCCUAAAAGGGGCAGUAAGGUGGAUGAGGUGGCUGGUUUAGCUGAGGAGCUGGCCCUCAGUCUGGGGGAGGCUCUGCCUAGGCUAAGAGGUGAGGUGGUUCUGGAUGACCGGACACAGAUGACCAUUGGUAAGAGGCUGAAGGACGCCAGUCGGCUUGGAUACCCGUACGUGGUGGUAGUGGGGCAGAAGGCUGCCGAGGAGACGCCCAGGUUUGAGGUGAUCUGUCAGCAGACUGGUGAGACAACGUUCCUCAGUAGGGAUGGACUUGUAGACCUACUCAGAUGUGUGGAGACAGUCUGAGUUGCACUGAUCUUGACAUGGAACUGGACUAAACCUUUCCCCCUCAGGAGACUGAAAAGAUUUGGCAUGGGUCCCCAGAUCCUCAAAAGGUUCUACAGCUGCACCAUCGAGCGCAUCCUGACUGGUUGCAUCACCGCCCGGUAUGGCAACUGCUAGGCA